UGCUUCAGAAUGUGUUCAGUUUCCAACCUUUGGAAGUGAACUUCAGUUAAAAAUCAAGAACUUGCCAUAACGGUGAAAAGUCAUUUUGGUUCAUUCGGGCGAUAGAAAUAGAAAGUUCCGGGAGGUGGAUCACUCGCUUUUAUCAUCGGUGAUUAACGAAAAAGCUGGUGUCCUUUGGACAGAGUCCCGAAGCUCAGCCACACUCCGCGGGUGGCGCUUGAAGAUAGGUGAAUCCUAACGUUGGAAAUAAGCAAGUGUUUUUUUAUUUAUAUAUAAUUGAUCGGUUUUGUUUGUUUUGAACCGCGUUGACAGUGUCAAAGACCUUUCCCUCUAGUUGACCCUCACAGAAGAAGGAUAUUUGCGAAUCCCACGUCCCGCGUCUGUAGGGGAAUGUGAAUGAUCCACCGGAUCGAGAAAGACAGAUAGAGGGCCUGCUGCAGGAAUUGGAUGGGCCUGCAGGGGUCAGUGCUGAGACCCCUGUGAUUGGCUGGUGUGUGAUCGCCCGGUGCAGCCUUAUUCCAGGCCCUUGGGUCCUGGAAAGAAGAUGACAUACUGAGGGAGGAAAAGACUGGAGACAGCGAGGGAGGAAGGCUCAGCCAUGUCCUACUACAGCCAGGGUGGUGUCCUGAACCCUGCGUACCACCAGUCUGAGACCCUGGAGAUGGACAGGAGCUCCUCCAGGACGGCUCAGCCCCUGAACCCGUAUGACAGCAGUGGCCCGGGAGGGCAGCGGGACAGGGGCGCUGGUGGCUUGAGCAGCACUGGGAUGCUGCCACCCUACGGUGAGGAGGGGGGCUAUGACACCCUGCCCAUGAGACCCCUGCCACCCCAGACUCGCCCUCCCCUGGAACACCGAGGACAGACCAACCGAGGGUUCGAAAGGGACUCUGUGAUAGAGUAUAACUCAGGCCCACAGGACUGGUAUCAAGGCAGACACCACGUUGAUUACCAAGACCAGCCUGAUUAUUCACGGAGAGAGGGCGGUGCCCUGCGGCGGAGAGCAUCCCGGAGAAGGAGCCUGUUCCCUGCUGGCACCCUGAGUGCCACAGCUCUGGGCAGACUGGGGCUAACUGCAGAGGACUUCCGGGAGGAAAUUGAGAGAGAGGAGCAAGACCUGGUGACUGAACUGGCAGCCAAGUCCAUCAGAGACAGAGUCCGAGCUAUCCGCCAGCUUCCCAUGAGCCUCCAGGACAAGAGCCACAUCAGGAAGCAAGUGCUCCUGCUCGUCACAUCCAAGAGACGGCUGCAGCUGACCUGCUGUACGGACUGCACCGAGAGCGUCUCCUUGUUCUUCCGCAGGCUUGGGGGACACCUGUCCUCUGUGCGGCAGGCUCUGGAGCUGUGGAGCGGCACCCUCAAGGAGAUCGGGGGCAGGUUCGGCUCCAGCGUGCUCUCCUUCUUCACCUUCCUCAAGUGGCUGCUCAUGUUCAAUGUCUUCUCCUUCCUCAUCAACUUCGGCUUCAUUACCGUGCCCCAGCUGUUGGAGCCGCCAGGAGGUCCCAACGUGUCGUUCCGGGGGCUGGAGAUCCUCACCGGGUCUGGUUAUUUCAGCUACACCGUGCUGUAUUAUGGUUACUACAGUAAUGGCUCAGUGUCGGGGAGCAGUGCCGGCAGCAGCCAGAAUAGCACCCUGCCACAGUACGACAUGCGGCUGGCGUACUUCUUCACCAUGGGCACCUACCUGGUGCUGUGUGGUCUGUGCCUUGUCUACAGCGCGGCGCGGUCCUUCCGGGAGAACUUCAUGCUGGGAGGAGAGCUGUCGGGCCGUGCCUGGCGCCUGCUGUGCAGCUGGGACUUCAGCGUCGUCAACGAGAAGGCUGUGCAGCUGCGGCAGAGGAACCUGCAGAUUCAGCUCAAGGAGUCGCUGUCUGAAAGCGCCCAGAAACAGGCCGUGUCGUCCCUCUCCGAGAAGCUGUCUCACUUUGGCAUCCACCUGGGCAUCUGGCUCAUCUCCUUAAGCCUGGCGCUGGGCUCCUGCGCUGCCGUUUACUUCCUGUGCCUCUUCAACCUCCAGCUGAUUGAGAACGCUCAGACCUCCAGCAGCCUGCAAGACGAGGCGUCGACCCUGCUGCUGCCCAUCGUGGUGUCACUCAUCAACCUGCUCAUUCCGCUCCUCUACACUGUGCUCCGGAAGAUAGAGCCCUUCACGGUCCAGCGCCACCAGAUCUACACCCUCAUCCUGAGGAAUGUCAUUCUCAAGAUGUCCAUUGUUGGUGUGCUCUGUUACUACUGGCUGGAAAAAGUCACCAAUUCAAAAAUUCAGUGUUGGGAAUCCUUUGUAGGGCAGGACCUCUACCGACUCGUCGUCAUCGACUUCUUCUUCUGUCUAAUAGGCUCCUUCUUCGGGGAGUUCCUGCACAGGGUUAUUGGGGUGCGAUGUGUGAAGAGCCUUGGGGUUCCAGAGUUUGACAUUGCACGGAAUGUUCUGGACCUAAUCUACGCUCAGACAUUAGCCUGGAAUGGAUUCUGUGCUCGUAUCAGCCUGCUGUGUUCUCUGGACAGCUCCUGUCUGUCCACUCCUUCCCCCGUCCCCCUGUGCCAUGUGUGCUGUCUGACUACUGCAUUUCUUGACCUCAGGAGGAAACCCUCUGCGCUCUGUGGCCCUUUCCGGGGAUUGCACUCACCGUAUGAGGCUGUGUCCCUGUGGAUGAGCAAUGUGGACAUGAUCCCGGGCUCUCGCUGGGCAGUGUGGAUUUACAACAACCUCAUUCAGAGCGUGCUCUUCUUCCUCCUCCUCAGCCUCGUCAUCCUAGUCCUGAUAUACCUGUACUGGCACAUUGUUCGGGGGCGCAAGAUUCUCAUUCUUCUCUUGCGUGAGCAGAUUGCUAAUGAGGGAAAGGACAAGACAUUCCUCCUGGAGAAGCUGAAGAAGCUGCAGGGCCUGCAGACCCAGGGGAGGACAUCUGUCCUCAAGCCACAGAGAGGGGCAGUGCAGGUGAAGCGUGGCAGAGGCACAGACAGGGCCAAGAGGCAAGAGCCUGGUGCAGGACGCUCCUGGGCUGGCAGGGAGCAGAGCCAGGAGAGGGAGCCUGUGGGAACAGGCAAGGGGCAGGUGCAGAAGCAGAAGAUCACAGAGCCAGGGAGCACCAGAGUGAACAGACUGCAGCAGGGUCCAAGACUGCCAAGCAGGGACAGGGUUCCCAGCCAGGGACAGAUCGAGGGACACCCAGAAAGAGUCAGGGUACUGUGCUGGGAGCAGACUCCACAGAGCCAGGUGUCAGGCAGCAGAGGCAGGGUGGUGCUCCCCAGCCUGGAUCUCAGGGGUAGCAGGAGAAGCAGAGCACCAGGAUUAGCCCCGGGACCAGGAGCGAGAGACACGCUGCUGCCCGGAUCUGUACCAGAGACUCCAGGCCCAUCACAGGGUGGGACUCAGCCCAGCAGAGCUGCCUGGAGUGCAGGUUCUUCAUGGCUCCACCCUACCUAGGCUCUCCGGUCCCUAUUCCCCUCAUCAGCAUUUCAAAUCAGGACAUAGUGUCCCAGUUGAAUAAUAAACAACAAAAGGACAACAAAAUGAACCGACUUU